UUCUAUCUCUCCCUCUCUCCCGAAACUUCGUCAUACACAUUAUCUUUCUCCACACAGAUUCUGAUUCGAAUCCCUUUUCCUCCUCUCAAACCCUAGAAAAAAAAACAAAUCGAAAGAUCCAAAAUCCAAAUGGCCGUUACUCCACCUCCACGAAUCCACCCGGAACCGCCACCACAACAAACCCUAGACCAACAAAUCGACCACUUCGACCACCUCCCAGACUCAAUCCUCCUCCUCAUCUUCAACAAAAUCUCCGACGUCAAAUCCCUCGGCCGCUGCUCCGUCGUCUCCCGCCGAUUCCACUCCCUCGUCCCUCAAGUCGAGAACGUCGUCAUCCGCGUCGAUUGCGUCAUCUCCGACGACGAUACCUCCUCCCUCUCCUCCAUCAAAUCCCGCUCCGGAUCCUCCUCCUUCUCCAGCGUCUUCCGCCUCGUCUUCUCCGGCAUUGUCAAGCCGUUGCAAGCGUUGGGGCAGUUCCUCGGCGCGAAGAGAUCUUCUUCUUCGUCCUCUUCUCUGUCUGUUACUGGAGAGAUCGAGCAAGGAGGAGUAACGCAUCACUCUCCUACUCAGGUUUUAAAGAGCUUCGAGGAGAUUCGUUACUUACGGAUUGAGUUACCUUCCGGAGAGCUCGGAAUCGAUGACGGAGUCUUGCUUAAAUGGAGAGCUGAGUUUGGUUCAACUUUAGAUCACUGCGUGAUUCUCGGCGCUUCUUCCGUUUCUCAACGCGUUGACGUUGACACUACAACAACCACAACCGUUGAAUCAUCAUCUACCGACGAUACUGGGAGUAUUCCGGAGUCUUUCUACACGAACGGAGGUUUAAAGCUACGCGUCGUAUGGACAAUCAGCUCUUUGAUAGCUGCAUCAGCGAGGCAUUACUUGCUGCAACCGAUCAUAGCGGAGCACAAGACGCUGAGGAGUUUGGUGCUUAGUGAUUGCGAUGGGCAAGGUGUGCUUUGUAUGGAUAGAGAGCAGCUUGAGGAGCUUAGGGUGAAGCCGUUGUCGGCUUCCUCGGCUUCGAAGAGGACCAUGGUGCCUGCUUUGAAUAUGAGGCUGUGGUAUGCUCCGAGUUUGGAGUUGCCUGAUGGGACUGUGUUGAAAGGUGCGACUUUGGUGGCGAUUAGGCCGAGUGAAGCUAAGAAGGAUGUGUUGUCUGAUGUUUCUUGGGUUUCUUCGGGUGCUUUUGAGGAGCCUUAUGAGGCGGCUGUUAAGAUGUUGGUUAAGAGGAAGACUUAUUGUUUAGAAAUGAACUCGUUCUAGCUUGAUGAAUCUGAGGGAACUUGAUGGCGAUUCGUGAUGAUUAUUACAUAUAAGUGCUAUAAUGAAGGGUGCAGAGAAUGGGCUAAAAUCCAGUUUUGAUGAAUCCAGAAACCAGUUUUGCUUCGUACUGCAUCUGCUAGUUUAUGCUUUUGCAGGGUUUUCUCAAUCAUAUACCAACAGAUCAGUUAUUAUCAUGUAAGGUUUGUUGUCUGGUCUUUGUUAGUUACUUAAAAAGUCUUUGAGCUUUGCUUGUUCUUCUCUCUUAUGUAAAUAUUGUAGUUACGAGAAAUACAUUUGCUUGUUAUUAUUAAAGUUAUUUAAAACAGAGCAACUUGUAAUGUUUAUAUUAGAAUUGUAUAA